UUUUUUUUUACCUGAGUCCAUUUUCAAGUACAACCACAACUUGGUGAUUACAACCUCUCAAAUCAGUCUCUGCAAUGGGGGUGAACCAAUCAGAAGAUCCGCAAUGGCACACCAAGCCAGGUGUUCCAUCCUAAGGAUGGAGAAUCUGGACAAUAUGGGCGAGGAAGGGAUAGAGCUGGAGGGAUCAGCCACCACAGCAGGCGUUAUAAACACCAGCCUAGAUGGUGCAGUAAACGUCACCAACAUUACCUUUUCCCCUUACUAUCAGCACUCUCUGUAUGUGGCUGCCAGCUACAUCCUGGCCUACUUCUUCAUCUUCCUGCUGUGCAUGAUUGGGAACAUCCUGGUGUGUCUGAUCGUACUGGAAAACCGUCGCAUGCGCACAGUCACCAACCUCUUUAUCUUCAACCUGGCAAUCAGCGACCUGUUGGUGGGCAUCUUCUGCAUCCCUACAACGCUGGUGGACAACCUAAUCACUGGUUGGCCCUUUUCCAACACAGUGUGCAAGAUGAGCGGAUUUGUGCAGGGGGUGUCUGUUUCCGCUUCAGUCUUUACCCUGGUGGCCAUUGCUGUUGAAAGGUUUCGCUGUAUAGUGUACCCUCUACAACCCAAGCCGACUGUACUUGUUGCCAAGGCAGCCAUCCUGUUAAUCUGGGUGCUAGCAGUGGUGAUUAUGUGUCCUGCUGCUAUGGCACUGACUGUGGAGAAAGUACCUUUCCACUACAUGGUGUGCGACGAUGACUUUAACCACACAUUCCCCCUGUACACCUGCUACGAAAACUUUGCCAACCCUCAGAUGAGAAAGGUCUACACUGCGGUUCUGUUUGCUCACAUCUACCUGGUGCCCCUGACCGUCAUCACACUGAUGUAUGGAAGCAUCGGGGUCAAACUGUGUUCCUCUGUGGUUAGAAACAGAGAGCCACAGCUGGCCAACGCAACAGUCCAGGUUGGAGGUAGAAGGGCUGGUCAGCCAAUGAUAUCCCAGAAAAAGAUCAAGGUGAUUAAGAUGCUCAUCUUGGUGGCUUUGCUUUUCAUGCUGUCCUGGUUGCCACUCUGGACCCUCAUGAUGAUGACAGACUAUGCAGGCUUGGACAGGGACCAGCUGGACCUUCUGACUAGCUACAUCUUCCCCUUUGCCCACUGGCUGGCUUUCUCGAACUCCAGCAUCAAUCCCAUCAUCUAUGGCUACUACAAUGAGAAUUUUAAGAGGGGCUUCCAGGCGGUGUGCAAGUCCAGGCCCUUCUGCUGCCUCAGGCAGUGCCAGCUGUGGAGGAGGUUAGCCAGGUUGGGCAGGAAGGAAAGGUCUGUGGAAGCACCUUGUGGAGUUACUGAGUUCAGAGAUGCCACUGGAAAUCAGAGCCACCUUCUCUUGGGGCUGAGAAAUCGAGUCCAUAACGACAACAAGUUGACUGUCACAGCAGAGGUGAAUAGGAGUGUGAGGGUGGCGUGUGAGACGGUUCACUCAGAGAGAAGUCUUUCAGAUCGAGGGAUAGAAAUGAGAGCUGUACAGAAGAAAGGCAGUAAUGAUGAGGUAUCAGAGAGGGUUAGAUCACUGGCAGCAUCAGUAUAUCAGGCGUGGGAUAACUGAGCAUUCACAAUGCUACUCAGAAAUGAACCAGACAAAGUCCCACGGAAGAGACAGUUAUCAAUUAUCUAAUGCUGCAAGUGCACUGUGGUUACUAUUUGGAAUGGUGGUUACACAUUGCAAAGAUCUAGGCAGUGCCUCAUCUAAAACAUAAAUAUUUACAUUACUCAUGCUCAGCCAACCAAGGACAGAAAAGAUGACACCACCAGAGAUGGGUCAUAGUUUUCGAUUGGUCAUUAAAUUAUAAGGAAGUGAAUAGUUCAUGUGACUAUCGUCUUGUCUUAAAUAAUACAUUUUCCUUUUGUUUUUACCGGCACAUCGCUACCAGGGCGCGUGUGUGGCACUUUCAGUUCGGCUACAUCGCUGUGAGAUGGGCUGGAUGCUCAGGUUGCUGCCUAACAGUGUUAGGGUAGUGUGUGGUGUUUCAACAUCAUCUCACUACGAUCCUCCAUCAGCAGAGCGGUCUCGACCCCGAGCUACGUACUUACCUACGUUUACUUACUAUUCAGUCAUUUGAGAGCGACGCACUCUCACUGCCCCUGCCUCUCUCUUUCAGUGUGUGUGUGUCUGUGCGAUCUUGGUAUAAUGGUCGAAUAGGUAAUAGACUAUCAAAUGGUAGACACUGGAAGUGGCAGCAUGGACCUUGGCGUUAUUGUAUUUUUGGACAAUAUUCCCUUACUGUAGAUCAGCUUAACACGUUGGCACCCCUACAACUGUACAGACAGCAGACAUGAGCGAUCCAUUACGGUUUACAUUAGAUUCCAGCAGCUGGUUUUUAACCAUUGAUAGAAGUUGGUCUAGAUAUGUUAGUAUUUUUUUGCCACUUUAGUUUAAUCAACAGAUGAGCUACACACAUGUGUACUGUUAGCAUGCCAACAUGUUUAACAUACUGAUGUUUAGCUGGUAUGUUUACCCAUGGAUGUAUUACAAGCACCGGAAAAGGACUAUCGCCCAACUCUCCUGUCUAAAAAAUGCAGCAAGGCUGAGAGGAGGCAAAGAAUCCGGCUCUUUUAAUACAGACAUGUGUUUACCAUUCAUCAUCUUAAUUUAGCAUUCAUUCAACAAUCAACAGAUGACUUUCACAAAUGUGUACUGGUAGGCUAAGAACUUUUCGUGCCAAUUUCAUGUUGGGCAAAGUGCAAACUCCAACAUACAGUACAUGACCAAGGUAAGCAAAGCCUGUGGUUACUGCUCUCCUCUCCAUGUCAGGAAAUCGGUUGGCUGAGCAUGUGAAUCCAGAAGUGAUGCAGUUCAGACAGGCUACGUGCUUAAUUUGUUUUCCAGAUCCAAUUUUUUUGUUUGACAGUUCACAUUAUUGCUUAAAUGUGGCUCACAUCAGACUCCAGUGUGAACUGUCCACGGCCUGAAAGUGACGCGCAUGCAAAGAAGAACAACACGACGUCACACGCAGCAGCACGCUGUUGUACAGAAGUAAACAAGGAGCCACAGAGUUUAGCUCUGGUUAGCCCAGGUUAGUGCCUGCUUGCUAACCCUCCCAAUUUUCAUGGGAGACUCCCAUUUUUCAUUGUCCUCUCACAGGUCACAUUUCUCCCGAAUUAUGACAAGCGCUCACAACCUUCUG